GACAAGUUAUGCAAGUCUAGUGUUUUUUGAAAAACUCCAUGAAAGGUGAAUUCUAAAUAAGAUUAAACCGAUCAAAAACAAAGGUGAGAGGAGGGCACUGUGUGCUCUCACUAACCUUUUUAUAAAAAGUUUUAAAGCAUUUGAGUUAAGUUGGUGUUGGGAAGAUUGCAGGACGGAUAAAUGCCAGUUUGAGUCAAAGUUGAAGCAAAAUAUUGAGAGGUGAAAUGUUUUUGUGUGAAGGCUCUGCCUCAAUCAACCCUGCUAACCUAGACAGGAUAAACUUAUUCAGUUUGUCAGGACAGGUAAAGCAAUUUGUGCUUCCUGGACUCGAUUGGGUCAAAGCAGCAGCAGGUUUCUUGCCUCAACCUGGUUUCUUAAAUGACUAAAGUCGAUUGAAGGACAGAAAGUUUGUCGUCUUUCUUCCUUGAAAAAAAUAAGAAAAGGAGGAUUCUGUGCUGCAAAUGACUUGAAAGCAUCAACAAAGACGUUGGUGGAGCUUCAGGUUAUUGGACAUGAGAACAGUGAAGGCCGCCAAAUGAAGAUCAUCAGUUAGGAAACACGGAUUAAAGUGAUGACAUGUACAAUAAAACACAUUAUUUUGUUUACAUUCAAGUUUGUUCACCAGAGCGGCUGUGUCGGUGGAUGCGCUAAUUAAUUGCGCCAGCUGAGCCUUUCUGAUUGGCUGUGCGUUCCGCAAGGAGGAGGAGGGGGGGGGGCAAGAGCAUCCACCGCCUCCUUCCAUCCGAGCCUCGGAGCUGAGAGGCGCGCAGCUGCGAAGGAGGAUGAGAGCAGACAGGAGCGCAUCCCAAACUUUGAGGCUGCCGGAUACGCACGCGGGAAGCCCGGAUCAGGUUAUGGUUGCUGGAUCAGACAUACCAGGAGCAUCUGAAUGACGAUACGUCCCGUAAUGUCCUUCUGUCCCGUCGGCUGAGGACUGCCGGAACAGAUUUUACUCAGCAAAAACCAUUUCCAUUUCUGAUUUCAGCUCCUGACAACAGAACAAAUUCUACCUCCUUAAUGUUCUGCUCCUCAAGAGGCUCAUCCCCUGGAAAACACAACAAUGGAAGAAAGCGAUUUGGACAUUCAACAGUUUUGACCCGUGGUUGAAGUUUUCAUUUUAGAAGGCGCCACGCACAAAGCAUAUGUUUUAUAUUUCUGCCCAAUGAUGGUCUGACCUCCACAUCUAAUUAACUGCAGACAAACACCCACACAGCCACUCUAACCAAACUGCUGGCCUCAGCAGAUCCUUGAAAUAGUGUUGUGGCUGUUCCACAUGUCUACUACCUCCAGUUCUCCAACACUCACACAGCAGGACUCUGCUGAGGGUUGGUUCUUCCUCUGUGGUCUUCACUAUUAGACCACGCUGCUGACCUUGCCAGUGACCAGUUUGUUUGUUUGGCUCAGCAUGAGAAAGUGUCACAGCUUGUCUUCUCUGAUUAGGAGUGAAAAUGAGAGCUGAUGGGACAGACUCUGAUAAAUAAGGAAAAUAGCUGCCUGAGGGAACACCAAACCCAAAACAAAUGAGCGCCGUUACCCAUUUUAGUCACUACUUCAAGCGUGUAGAGCAGCAAAGUUGACUGCAGUGCUGAGAAGUGCAUGUGCACACUUAGAUUACAGUUCUCAUAAACUUCUUUACAAGAUCACCCCACCUCAUGAACGCCUUUCCUGCUUUCUCCACUCCUCCAGCCAACACACCAACCUUUCAGUCAGUGUGUAAACCCUGUCUUCGGGCCCCGUGGAGGAUGAACGAUGUACCCACACUUGAUUAUGAGUUGCUGCAGUACCCAUCCAGCUCCUCCCUGCCUGGUGGCCCUGGCAGUGGCAUCAGCAGUCCCCCCCUGAACUUGGUGGUGGUAGACACUGAGCAGCGAACUGCCUUGGCCUUCGUCGGCCUUCUGUUGCUCUUCUUGGUCUUCCUGCUGGUUAGGUGCUUCAGGAUCCUGCUUGACCCCUACAGCCGCAUGCCUGCAUCAUCCUGGACUGACCACAAGGACGGGGUGGAGAGGGGUCAGUUUGAUUAUGGACUUGUGUAAAGUAUACAUUUAAAAUAGGAGAGUGCUUGCUUGCACACAACAUCCUCCUCUUUUGUUUGGUUUUUAUAGACAAUUUCAACAACCUUUGAGCUGGUGAGUCCACCAGAAAAGUUACCUUUAGUUUGGUUUAGUUUUGGUGUUCUGGUGUAAAUUGGAUGUUCCAGACUCCAGGUUUCUAGGGUCGGUGUCCCACACGUUUUUCAACCAAACUACCAUUGACGCUACUUAUUGGCUAAACACACCUGAUCCAGGUUUUCAGUACUAGAUGAGGCAGGAUUCUUUAAAAACCAGAAGGAUGCCAGCCCUCUGGGCAUGGAGUCCGGGACAACAAGAAGCUCAACUUGCUCUCUCCAGCUCAGUGGAUGAACCAUAAACAACAGAACUUCAAGCUGCCUUAACCUGACUUGGUGUUAAAGUGCUCCAACAUCUCAGCAUCACUAUUUCUAAAUGAUCAAGAAUGAAAUGGAAUGAUCACCAAAAACUUCCAUAUUUGAUAUUUUUCAAGAAGAAACGGUUAUGAAAGUAUUUUUUCCCCCAGAUAUUUCACAUUAUUGUUGAUGAUCCAGUGACUUUUUUUACAGCAUCUUCUCAAGGCCCUGAAGCUUUCGAGAUUUAUUGUUGUGAGGAACACUUCACAACAGGCAGAACUCAGAUGGUGUUUACAUUUAUGCAGACGCCCCUUUAAAGAAACAAGGUAAAGAAUGACAUAUCUACAUGUAACCCCCUGAAUUUAUUUCCUGUUCUGAAAGAAAAAAAGUAACUUGUGUUUUUGUUUUCAAGUAGAUGCUCAAUUGAGGUAAUUUUGGAACAGAAGUGGUUUGAUGCAUAUUUGCAUCAAUUGGAAUCAAUGGGGUUGGAGACCCGAUGAAGCAGCUCUGACUUUCACUUCAUUCCUUCUGACUUUUGAUUUUGAUCCUUGAACAUUGCAGAUUCAAAUGCUUUCAAUAUCUCAUGGAGGUAGUUUUUAUAAAGUUUGGUGUGUUUUGUGUGUGUAAAUGUGUCUGAAAAUAAAGCCAUAUAUGCCGCAUCUAAUCCUUCAUCAUUACAAAUAGACUUCACAUGAAGUGGUUGUACUUUUUGCUGUAAGCCACACAUGUUGGUGAAGCAAAUGGCAACUUACUACAGGUAGAAAGUUUUAUUUUUCUAUUUCCCGAGUAAAAGUUCAGACCCUUUUUGUCUCUUCCUUCUACUGUACCAAUUGUUAGACUGUAAACAAGAUUUUUCUCCUUCACUGGACGCAGGACUCUGUCAGGAGUCCACACUGCCAAUGCUGGAAGUGGAAAGGACUGCUACCUAUUGUCUCUUUUGUCCUGCUUUCUUUUUUUUUUUUUGCAUUAAUUUACAACCAAAAAAAAAAAAUUCACAAAGCAUUUACAAAUUUAACCCACAAAAAUUUAUUGCUACAAAUGUCAGUGGCAGAAGUUUACAAAACCAAAUGUGUCGCCCUGAUCUUACACAAACAUUUGGUGUCUGGACUCUUUGGUUUCCAUCAGUCGAUUUUUCCCGAUCAAUCCUUCGCUGGUGGGUGUGACUGGAUGAUUGUCAUCAGCUUCACCUAAACUCUGGCAUCACCAGAUCUAAAUCUUCUAAAAAUAAAAAAAAAAUAAAAAAAUAACCUGCCCCUCGUUUUCUUAGGACACAACACAUUGCCACAGACGGAUGAUAGUGACAAUAUUCAAGUUUGACACUGAAGCGAGGAUACAGUGAGCUCACGUCCCUUAAAAAAAGCAGCAAAAAGAAGAAAAAUAACAAAUAAACAAGAAAGAUACAA